AUACAUGUCAAAAAGGCCAUCCGCCUUCAUUCACCCGGACCACUUGGAUGAUCCAGUCUCUCUAAUGAUAGCUCAGUCAUGUCGGCACCUGCUAUGGGGACCAGCAAAACAGCGCACGAUUCGAGCAACAAGAAGAAAAGGGGACCCGGAACGCUGGCCACCGCUUACUUGGUCAUUUACAACGUGGUUAUGACAGCAGGGUGGCUCGUCAUUGCUGUUGGGCUUGUUCGAGCGUACCUUGCCAGAGGCAGCUAUCAUGGGCUUUAUUAUUCCAUAGAGAAACCCCUAAAAUUCUUUCAAACUGGUGCACUUCUUGAGAUAUUGCAUUGUGCCGUUGGAAUCGUACCCUCUUCUGUGGUCCUUACUGGGUUCCAGGUGAUGUCACGGGUGUUUCUUACCUGGGCAGUCACACACAGUGUUAGAGAGGUCCAAAGUGAAGACAGCGUUCUUCUGUUCGUGGCGGCCUGGACCAUCACAGAAAUCAUCCGUUACUCCUUUUACACCUUCAGCCUGCUCAACCAUCUGCCUUACCUCAUCAAAUGGGCAAGGUACACAUUUUUUUUUGUGCUGUAUCCAAUGGGUGUGGCGGGUGAACUUCUGACCAUCUACGCUGCUUUACCAUACGUGCAAAAAACAGGACUUUACUCCAUCACCUUGCCUAACAAGUACAACUUUUCCUUCGACUACCACACCUUCCUUAUCCUCGUCAUGAUCUCCUACAUUCCAUUAUUCCCACAGCUCUAUUUCCACAUGAUGCGCCAAAGGAAGAAAGUUCUGGGUCACAUGGAUGAGUACAGCAAAGUGGAAUAACUUGCCCCGACGUGCGCUUAUCAGACUGAUUGCACCAAUGGAGAAAGAGGAUAACCUUAAAAACCCACACUUUACAGAUUAAAAAAAGAAGAAAAAGCCUUCUUGUUGAUAAACAGGACAGAUAUUAAGAUGAUUGCUAAUGUUAAUACUUUGGUAACAAGAAAACUUUUGCUUUUGGUGAUUUUAGGGCUCGUGUGACUACAUUAAAUGCUUGUUUUUACUUUAGAGGCGAAUUGCAUUACCAAACUAAAACAUACAAGUUACUGUGUGAAGAUCUUUUUGCUAAAAUAGGUUAACUGACCAAAUGUUGUAGACUUUGACAUUCAGAGAAAAUUGCAAGACAUAUGUCUAUGGUGUUUUCAAACAGAAGGAAUAUCCCAUCAUUCAAUGUUAUGUGCUCUGCAUUAUAAUUCAGGCAUUUUAAUCGAAUGACUUAAAUAUUUGCGUCUCACACACCUCAUUUAUUUUGUUUUAUAUUUGAGUAUGUGAAUAAUGUUUUGCAUUUAACACUUUAAGUGAUUCCUCAACUUCAUAAUUUUCCUCCAUUAACUUCAAAACGCUGGUUUAUUCCUACUGUACUGUACAAUUAUUAAUAUUUUAUUUGUUUGUUUUGUAGUGUGUUUUUUUAAAUGGCCAUUUAGGAUCAAAAGCAAUUCCUCAAACCAUUGUUUAUUGGUUAUUUUGUUCUGUAAUAGAUAAAUAUCAGUCUUGGUUGGUUUGUGACUGUUUGCCCAGGAAAAGUGUUAAUCUCAAAGAAACUGUUUCAGACCUCAGUCAACGCUGCUAAUGUAUUAGAUGUGGAAGUGUUCGGCUGUGUGAAGGCUACAGGGGUACAGCCCGAGUUAAAGCGAGCACUAGCCUCGGCUCUGGAGCUUAUUGGAUUUGAAUGCCUCUAGUCAUGCUUGCUCAAUGAGUCAAAUCUAAUAAUGUGUAGAAAAGGCUCAGAGUCAAGACUAACUUAACACUAAAUUGUCUUUCUACGUAAUUGUCAGAGCAAUCCAACUUCUCGGCCUCCGAUAAAACCUAAACUUUAUAUUUUUUAAGUAUGACCCACGCUAAGUUUGAGUGUCUUUGCAAACAAAGUGGUCUGUUUUCCAUAUCAAGCCUUUUCCAGAAAAGAUUAGCAUGGGAUGAGAUGCUUGUAGGCUGGAAUACAACUUUGAUAGUGCAUGUAAAAGUGGUGUGGCAAUACCUCGAUUAACAGAAGCAUGACCCUUCAAUAAAAAUGCUGAUUUUGAUAUUAAAGUUUUGCAUGGGACCAGCAAACUUUGUACGGAUAGUAAUCGAAUGAUAUAUAUUUACAAUAAACCAUAACAUGGGAAGCAAAACCAUUUGCAUCCAAUUUGUCAGGACAUGUGUGCUUACAGUAUAUAGAUUUAAAACAUUUAUUUGUUUUGUUUUCAGUGUUUCAGCUGUAGUUAAAUUGGAAGUGUUGUCUCUUUUAUCUAAACAUACUGACCAUUAAACACCUGUUUAAUUCAUA